AUGACGGCAAUCACCACUGGUCUCAAGGUUCCGUUUCCUCAAGACCAGAACCUCCACACUUUCCUUUUCAGCAACCCACUUCAGCAUCAUCCCAAUCAAUUUUCCGAUCGCUACCCGAACCAUACCUUCGAUGGCAGCCCUAUUCCCGAACAGCGUCCCAUUUUGGUGCACGAUGGUACAGGUGCGCAGCUCAGCUGGGCAAGACUCAGAGCCGACAGCUUGCGUCUAGCUCGCUCUCUCCAGACAUUGACCGGCGACGGCGGUGGUGAGCGAUGGAUCACCCUUGCUCCAUGGUAUCACGUCUAUGGCCUGGCCACUGUGUUGCUUCCGACGAUCGCGAUCGGUACCACGCUCAUCAUUCCAGCGUCGCCGAAGUUCGAUCUGGGCUACUAUCUCGGUCUGGUGACUCGCUACCGGGCUACUUUCAGCCAUAUUGCGCCUGCCGUAGCUGUUGCGCUUCGUUCGUGCGCGCAUCUGGACCCAAGCUCUCCGCAAAGCAAAGGCAUCGAUCUUUCGAGCAUUGCCGCUUUCCUUACUGGAGGCGCUCCAGUGCCGGUCGAAGUUGUGCGCAAAGUGUACGAGCGCACCGGAAAAUACAUUCAACUUGGGUACGGGACCACCGAGACAUGCUCUACCUCGCAGACCGGUGGGCUUGGCUUGGAUGCCGACGACCAGGUUUCACGAGAUGAGCUGGGCAGUGCAGGCUUUCCCUCGCCCAACACUGAAAUCCAGAUCCGGCCGUUGCCGGGUACGAGCAAGGAGCAAGUGGAGCAUCGACGACAAGAGAUUGCCACUGUGUCGCGUCAGGCUCGAGAGCGCGGUGAGCGUUCGCCGCUGGAUCCAGGCAUGGUGGGCGAAGUGCUGAUCCGUGCACCUGGCGUAAUGUCGGGAUACUUUUCGGGACUCUCGUCAGAAACGCAUUCGGCACUCGACGUGGCGCUGACUGCAGCCGCAUUCACCGAUGAUGGCUGGUACCGUUCUGGCGACGAGGGAUGUCUGGAUGCCAAUGGUCGCUUGUGGAUCACUGGUCGAACCAAGGAGCUCAUCAAAGUCAAAGGAUUCCAAGUGCCACCUGCCGAACUCGACGAUCUGUUCGCUACACAUCCCGAGCUCGUCGAUGCAGCCGCUACGGGUAUCGUACAGGACACGUCGACAGGUGAAGAACAGGUGCUGCUGCUCGUCGUGCCCAAGGACAAGUCCAUUCUGACGCAACAAGAAAACAUGCGCCAGCUCGCCGCACGACUUCACACCUGGGUCGCCGACAAGUGCGCUUACUACAAAUGGCCAAGCGUCUACCUCUUCUCAGCGUCAGCACCGCGAAACCCAACCGGCAAGUUGCUCAGGAAGGACAUUGCUGCAGCUCAAGGCUUCCGGGUGCACAUCGUCAAGCAGUCCAGGAAUGCUUCUUCGCCUGGUGCGAUGGCCAAAUUGUAA